UAACAAUGUUGCUGUGGAAAAAACAGGUAAAGAUUGCGCAUGCGUCUUCCGGAAGCGUGUUUCAUGUGGAGGUCAGAGCGGAAGGAGCUUUGAUAACAACCCGUGGGACCAAUGGCAGCACGACUGUUAGAGACGAUUGGAAAACUUGGCCUGGGAUUGGCUGUGGCCGGAGGGGUGGUGAACUCCGCAUUGUAUAAUGUGGACGCUGGACACAACGCAGUGAUGUUCGAUAGGUUUCGAGGGGUGCAGGAUGUGGUUACUGGUGAGGGAACCCAUUUCCUUAUUCCCUGGGUCCAGAAACCCAUCAUUUUCGACUGUCGCUCUCGCCCUCGCCAAGUACCUGUUGUUACAGGUAGCAAAGAUCUACAAAACGUUAACAUUACACUGCGUAUACUUUUCCGGCCCAUGGCCAAUCAGUUGCCGCGGAUCUUCACCACCAUUGGAGAAGAUUAUGAUGAGAGAGUCCUGCCCUCCAUCACUACUGAGAUCUUGAAAUCUGUAGUGGCCCGGUUUGAUGCAGGCGAGCUAAUCACACAGAGAGAGCUGGUGUCCAGGCAGGUGAGCGAGGAUCUGAUGGAGAGAGCAGCCACCUUUGGUCUCAUCCUGGAUGAUGUUUCACUGACACAUUUGACAUUCGGUAAGGAGUUCACGGAGGCCGUAGAAGCCAAACAGGUGUCCCAGCAGGAAGCAGAGCGUGCCAGGUUUAUCGUCGAGAAGGCUGAACAGCAAAAGAAAGCAGCCGUCAUUUCAGCAGAAGGAGACUCCAAGGCAGCAGAGCUCAUUGCCUCCUCACUAGCGGACGCUGGAGAUGGGCUCAUCGAGCUGCGCAAACUGGAAGCCGCAGAGGAUAUUGCGUAUCAGUUGUCUCGGGCUCGUAAUGUCACUUAUCUGCCCUCAGGACAGUCGACGUUAUUACAGCUGCCACAAUAAUCGGAUGAUCCGCUGCCACCCCAUUUUUUAUUUUUGUCCCUAACAUAGGUUUUUGUUAUUGUCCCUGUUACCUUGAGAGAUGUUACAGAAGAUUGAGUAUGAAGGUGAAUCUCCUGCAGAGCAGCCUUAAACGGAACGGACUUUAACCAUAGAGCUAUUUGAAUCCUGCCCUUAUAUUUCUGCAUUUUCAAUUGAAUACAAAUGUUUUUCAAUGGAGGGCGUGAUACAUUCUUGUUUGAUGCACUUGUAUAUGUCACAAGUAAAAUCUGGCCUAAUGUGGCUUAAUAAUAAAAGUUCUUUCUCAGAGGAUAA